GAAAUUGAAGGACACAGAUAUAUGAAUGUAAGUCUCAUAAGCCGGCAAACGGAGAUAAUAAGGCAGUUAGAUACGUCCUCUCAAUGUUCGCGCGAACGAAGAGGUGCUCUUGUAUUGUUAUUCGCUUUCCAAAUGAAUUUUUCUGUAACGAAUAUUUUUCGUGUUUACAUGUUAGUGAUAAUGGUGAGGCUGAAAAACAAUUAAAAGUGCACCAAAAUUUGUUUCACCAAAAAUGGUCUCUGAAAGUGCGCAAAGUUUAAAUAGAUAAUAUGAAAUAACCUACACGAACAAGAAAUUAGUUGAACGAUACAAAAAGUUGCAAUUGAAUAUCAAGAUUUUUCCAUCUGGAUAGUUCUCUGCGGCGAUUCACAGUUGAGGAGACGGUGUGUUUAAAAUGUGUAACACCAUGCCCGGUUUUAAAUAGUUAUGUAGAUGAAGCAGAUGAAGUUUUGGACGAAUUUGAAGAAUCUCGAGCAGGGUAUAAACACAAAUUUAAAAAUUGUGAAUUUUCAAAAUGGCAACGUUACCGGGAAAAGGAGAGGCUCCGAAAGGACAAGAGCUGGAAAAAGUUGCACCAGAAAAAUGGUGCAGAGUGCUUUGGGCGUGCGGAGGAGCCAUGAUGAUCUUUUUCUUCAGUGGGGUGACGGAGGCACACACUGCUGUCCUUCUGCCGCGUCUUGAAGAAGUGGACAGUCCAAUACUCAUUGACGCCGACGAGAAAACAUGGAUAGCCAGCCUUGGAAUAGUUGCAACACCGUUGUCCUCUGUCCUUUGUGGUCCCUGUGUCGAUUACUUUGGCCGGAAAAUCAUGGUGCAGUGCUACUACCUCGUCUGUGCCUUGGGCUUUGCACUCAUAGCAUCCGCUAACUCCGUCUACCAAAUUUACGCCGGGCGACUCAUAUGUUCUUUAGGAAUUGGUUUUGAGGUGGCGGCGAUCGUGUACAUCGCGGAGGUGAGCACGGUGCGGAUGAGGAGCGUGUUGUUGUCCUUGACCUACUCCGUUCUCUACGGGGGUGGCACCCUCUUCGCUUACGCGGUUGGCCUAAGCCUGCCCUGGAACCUCGGAUCAGCAGUCUUCGCGCUGGUCUGUCUUAUUCUAUUCGGCUACGAGUCCUUCGUUCCCGAGUCCCCUUCGUACUAUUACAAAAAAGGCGACACCAAAAAAGCUAUCGUCGCCUUCACCCAACUUGGACGCACCGAAGAUCAAAUCGCACAAGAGAUCAAAAUAUUGGAAGAGCGAAAAACUAAAACCGAGCAAAAGGUUGAUUGGAGAACUUUCAUCCAUCCGACAGUAUGGAAGCCGUUCCUCAUCAUAGCCUUCUUCCACUGCUUACAAGCGUUCAUGGGAUUGUGGGACGAGCUCUAUUACACGGUUGACUUGGUCACCGAGUUGGACAGCGCGUAUGACCCUUUCGAGGUUUCUUUUAUUCUGACCCUUAGCAGGUUCCUGGUUGCCAGCACGGCCGGCGUUUACUUCACCACGCGUGUCAGCCGGAAGUUGGCCGCAGCCGCCUCUAGCUUCUCCAUGGCUGUCGCACUCCUCGUCGUAGCUGUUUACGAGAAAAGGUACGAGUUGACUGCCAAAUGGGAGCGUCCUUACCCCCUGGUACCGAUCGUGGGUCUGGUCGGUGCGGUCAUGGCAAGUGGGGCCGGCAUGUUCUUCCUGCCGAUGUUGAUGAGUGGUGAGGUGUUCCCGCUGAGAGUUCGCGGUACCAUGAGCGGGGCCGUGUUCUUCGUCGGCACCGGGAGCAUGUUCCUCUUCCUCAAGCUCCACGUCUUCCUGGUGACGACCCUCGGGGUCCCGGGGAUCUACACCAUGUGGACGACGGCAUGUUUCGUCGCCGGAUUCUUCGCCGUUUUCGUACUUACCGAGACCCACGGCAAGGAGCUCCAUGAAAUCGAGGAUAGCUACAGGAGUAAAAAGCACCGGUCUACCGAUAUCGAGAGGACGAAAUUUUGAAGUGACGAGAAACGAAGAAUUAAUAAAUGCUACAAUAGCUGCCGCGUCUGAAAAAAAUGAAGAAAAACGUGUCAUGAUAUCCGUGGACGCUGAUUUCACCGGAGGGUGCAACAACGGAAGAACCGCCGCAGAGUGGAUCGAGUCAAUAGGAGAGGUCGGACAAAAUUUUGGAAACUUUAAAAGCUUUACUCCUUUCAUACAUAACUUUGAGGUCUUAAAAGUGGUUCUAUUGGUUUCCUUGUAAAAUUUUCUUUCAGAAACACACCUUAUAAUUUAAAAUAUGACGAAACUAACAUCAAAAUUUGCAUCCACUGUGCGCCAUAUUGAUUUUAAGCGCUACGGAUUUUACGGAGCGCUUUUUUAUUUUAACCUGCCUCUAGAAUACCUGUAUAUUAGUGGCAAUGCGUUCAAGUGGCGCACCAGUUCAACAACAAAAUGACGGAGAGGGGCCUACCACAUUUAGAAUAGAUUCAUCUGUGAUACCUUACUUUAAUGCCUCUGAUUUCAGAGCACGGAAAAUGAUGAUCAAUUUUCUGUAAUUAAUUUUUUUAGCAGUAGUGUAGCUUUCUCAAAAGUGAUAGUUGAAAUUUUGACGAGCGAGCUUUUUCAUUUCAACGGUGCUCUUCUGCUUCAACGCCUUUAUAUAGAGAACAGCUGAGUGCUCUUUAAUACGAAUAUGUCUUUAAGCUUUUCCGCUUGUUUUUCUUUAAUUUUAGUGCUUAUCUAAAGACACCCGAUCCCUUGCCCUACUGUAAAAGUACGUAAAAUCAUUUGGCGUCAAUUUCGAGAAGUCGUAUGUUCGUAUUGGAAAAUUGUUAUAACUCCUCCAAUAAAAUUCAAAAAUUCCAUCGGUGGGAGAAA